AUGAAUCCUCUGUCGACUGAAUUUAGACCCUGGCUAAAGAAAAGUACUGAUAGCAACAGCAAUAAACAUGGUCACAACGCACCUCUUCUUGGCCUACCGCGAGAUGUCGCCUUUGCCGAGCCGUUACUUGGCAACACAAGUCACAUGACGGCUCCCAUUUCGAUCCCAAACGCUGCUACCAGACUUGGCUUUCCAGCCAACAAUUAUAUAAGCCAAAUUGCAAAUACCGACAGCUUUAGGGGUCAAGGAAUUAGUCACAUAGGAUUCAUCCCAUCCCAUGAUGGCUUUGGGUACCAGAUGCACAGUGUUUCAAAUAAUGACAAAGUCAGCUUUGUCAACGACACUCAAGAGUUCUUUCGCAAUUCGGAAACCAAAGCCGGGAUCGAACCGCCUUCAAGCCCUUGGCAUGAUGAUCUCUGCAACAAACCUGGAAUACUUCGUUCCCAACCAGAACGACCGGUCAACUCUGCCUGUUUACUGACUGAGCAACAAGUGUUCGAUAACGUAAAAAAGCAGACCAAACUUGAUUUUACCCCUCAACAAGAACCCGAUCAGACACUGACGACUGCAGAUUAUCCAUGUACAAUUUCGGAUGCUGGUAAAUCUGUUCUCGUGAAUAAAACCCUGGCAUCUUUCAGUUCCCCAUCGCCUUGGACUUGGGGUCAGCACGACCGAAUAGUGGUCAAGUCUAGUGCCAAUGAGGCACAAGUUACAACCGAAAACUGGAUGCCUGUCAAAAGAGCUAUAAAUCAACCGUCACCCAGUAGUAAUUUAUUAAAUCUAAUAGAUGAAAACAAUGAGGAGGAGAAGAAAGAGGACGAGAAAGAGGCAUUUUUCUCUAACAUGAUAACUGCGACAGCCGAAAAUGAACAGUCACGGAUUUACAGAGUGAUCGUUGAUGGAACUCCUUACGAUUUGAAAUCUGGUAUGGUAGCAGAUCAGUUUGGAAUGUUUUCCUUGCUUUAUUUGAUAAAGUCUAACAAAAACAACCCCGGUGGUGCUUUGCUUAUGGAUGGCUUAAGUCGGGACGAUUUUCCACUUCAUAAAAGCGAUCGAAUUUUUGACGCUUUCUGCAAUCCUUGGUCCAGCAUUUCCCGCCGUCCCCAAGAUAUCGACCGCAACUUACCCAACGAAUAUUUAACCAACGCCUACAUCAAGCAGAAGUUGCCGCCCAUCAAAUUGUCUCGGUAUAACGAAGAUCUCUUGUUUUACCUCUUCUAUAUAUACUGCGAGGACACGAUCCAAGUUGCUGCUGCUUACGAACUAUAUCAAAGAGAAUGGCGGUAUCACAAGACCGAGCAAGUAUGGCUAGAACGAAUUCCUGGAAUCUCACCAGUAACUAUCACUGACUCUUGGGAACAAGGGACAUAUUUCUACUUCGAUGUUGUGACUUGGCGAAAACAUCCGAAGCAAUUUAGAAUAGAAUACAGUCAGCUAGAAGAGAAACCAAUUUUUUUCUCAAAUUAA